AUGAAUUUGAAUUCAGGCAAUAGCUAACAACUUGUUGAGGCUUUAGCCAACUACUGCAGCAAAUUAGAGACAGCGAGCAGUGCUGUACCACUGUAUAAUACCUGUUCCGGUAAAAUAUUGUGUAAAGUUUGAGUGUAAAAAUUAACUAGUAUCGCUGUAACUUUUAAAUCUGUUGCUCAGUGCUGUAACGUUAGCUGCAGGGAUCGCUUUUAGAAGAGGGACACUGGACAAGGCAAUGAAAGCGGGCGUCCACUGUCGUUGUUCAAAAUGCUACUCUGUCCCGGUACGGAAGCGGGUGCGUAAGCGAACUCCAGCCCUGACCCUGCUGUCCCUGCCCGAGGAGGUCCUCCUCUGCGUGCUCCAGUGCCUCUCGGCCGAGGACCUGCUGUCUGUCCGAGCCGUUCACUCCCAGUUGCGAGACAUCGUUGACAACCACUCAAGUGUGUGGGCCAGGGUCAGUUUCAGGGACACGUGGCCGUCCCCCGGCACCGUCUGGCUAUUUGAGAGAGCCGCUGAUAAAGGGAAUUUUGAAGCCGCUGUGAAGCUAGGGAUUGCUUAUUUGUACAACGAAGGACCGUUGUUGAGCGACGAGGGGCGAGCUGAUGUCUGUGGUCGCAAGGCGUCCCACUUCUUCAGCCUGGCAGAGAGCCUGCGCUCUCCCACCACGGAUCCCUUCGUCUGGGUGUUCAUUCGCCCGCCGUGGUCACCCACCGGCAGCUGCUGCAAGGCCGUGGUGUUCGACCGUCUCAAGGCCGAGUGUGAAGACAACGUGGAGAAGAGAGGACCCUUGUUGCACUGUUUGGCCAGAGUUCUGCAGCUGUUUGAAGGCGACGCAAGACGCUCAGAGGCCAUAUCUAUGUUGGAGGAGUCGUCACAGGCGGGCUGUCUACAGAGCUCCUACAUGUUGUGGGAGCACAACCGGAAAGCAGCUAUGGCAGAUCCAGGCAGAUACCUCCAGUAUAUCCGAACCCUCAGGGACUAUGCUGGCAAAGGAUGCUGGGAGGCACAGCUCUCCUUGGCUAAAGUGUGCAGCGGUGGGAAUCCGCUGGGCCUGGAGUCGAAGGCCUGCUCUGACCUGGUGGCUCAGCUCUUCGGUUCCUCCAGCCCGACUCCACAGCACUGCCCCCAGGGCGUCCUGAGACAAGGCAUUAAAGACACCAUGAGGUACAUCCUGGUGGACUGGCUGGUGGAGGUGACGACCAUGAAGGAUUUCUCCAGCCUGACGCUGCAUGUGACCGUAGGUUGUGUGGACCGCUACCUGGCUCUGCGCUCCGUCCCCAAAGCUCGUCUCCAGUUAUUGGGAAUCGCCUGCAUGGUGGUUUGUACACGCUACAUCAGUAAAGAAAUCCUGACCAUACGAGAAGCUGUCUGGCUUACUGACAACACCUACAAAUAUGAAGACCUGGUCCGAAUGAUGGGGGAGGUUGUCUCUGUGCUGGAGGGAAAGAUCAGGAGCCCCACCCUGCUGGACUACGGCGAGGUGCUGCUGUCCCUGCUCCCGCUGGAGAGGCGGACCACCCACUUGUUCAGCUACAUCUGUGAGCUGUCGCUGCUCUACUCGGCUCUCUCCACACCACCACCCUCCAAGCUGGCCUGCGCUGUACUACUGCUCGCACGAGCCCUGCAUCACUAUGCUCCCCUCUGGCCCAGCCAGUUAGUCGGCUACACAGGCUUCUCCAAGGCACACCUCGCCCCCCUGUCUGUGCUGCUGUAUGUCAAGUGUUUCAGUGAAGAUGUUCCCAAAGACUACAGACACGUGUCUCUUACUGGUGUCAGGCAGCGGUUUGAAGAUGAGGCCUUCCAAAACAUCAGCAAAGAAAAGGUGAUGGAUUUUAAAGAGCUGUGUCAGAUCUUGGAAAUUCCUGAGAUGGAGCCUCAGAUGGAGCCUCCCAGUCCCACUGGUCAACCGGCCGACAUCCGCACCUUCCUCGCCUCUCCAUCCAGCAGCAACAAGAGGAGACGGGAUGACGCCAUGCAUGCCCACAGAGCCAGCUUUGUGGCCACACCCACAGAGGAGCUGUCCAAUCAGGAGGAGACGCUGCUAGGCAACAUAUUGGACUGGAGCCUGGACACUUCCUCUUCCGGUUAUGAGGGGGACCGGGAGGAGGAGAGCGAGGGAGAGAGGGACUGCGAUUCCUCCAUGAUCUCCAUCAAACUGCCCUCGCUGACUGAUGCAGACGAGAGGCUCGAGCACUGCAGAGCCAUGUCCAGCGACGACGACAGCUUCUCCGAAGCGGAAAAGGAGGUGUGCAAGGAUGGCAAAGACCAGGAGUCCCUUUCCUUUACCACAGAGUUUAACACUUCGGGAUACUCGUCUGUCCAGAGUGCUAGCCCCUCGUCCACAAGCUCCUCCUCCACCCUCAUGCCCGGCACGUUCAAGUCAUUCAGCAAUUCCCUGGGCAAGGGCCCCGCGGAUGGCCAGCCAGGCUUCCGCCUUUUGGUGCCCAUGCAGAGGCCCCGGGGCACCUCAAGCAAACAGGUGAAGAGGAAGAACUCAGCCGCUCACAGUAACGGUGAAGUGGAAAGAGAAGAGGGGGACGGACACGGGUGUUGUGCUUUUGCAGGCUUUCUGAGCCUAUAGAGGUGUUGUCCAAUUGGCCUCGAGCCGAUCUGAGAGCCCCUACUCAGUUAUGAUCCUCCAGCACUUUUCUUGAGUUGUCGAUGCUGCUCCUCGCUCCUUUCAGUCUGCACUGAGCCGGCAAUUGCCAAAAGAUCAAGAGACGUUCAAGUCAGGGGAAUACAAAUGGAAUGACAUGAAACCUUUCUAACCACGUUACAUUAUAUUUACAGUUUUACAAGCAUGGUACAAUGACAUACCUCACAUGAACUUAGACAGUCUGCUCUGAAACCACUGGAACACAACGUGACUUUCCUCAGGAACUUUUCUGUUGUCCAACAGCCUUUCUACAGAAACCUAUCUCAGAUUAUGUCAAAUAUAUGAAGCCGCGUGGGCUUAUUUUCAGGGGAUGAAAAACAAAGAAAGUGUUCAUAGUCUAACUCAUUUGUAGUAAAAUCUUCAACAUGGCUGUCAUCUUAUUGUGAUUGUUUUGGUUAUCAUAGUUUCUGAUAUGCACAGUCAGUACAAGACUUAUCUUGUAGUUUGUGAAUGUCAACAGGAGGUUACUAUUCUCGUCUAUGUCUGCAUCUGAAGCCUAAAAUAAUGAUUGUGUGGAAUCGGUUCCGUUUUUCUUUUGUUGGAUGGAGCAUCUACAUUUAUAGAAACAGCUGUGAAAUUACUUUUGGUAGUUAUUGUCUUCUAGAGUGCAUCUAUACGCCUGCAUUUUGGUCCAUGGUCUUUUUGGACCUAAAGAAAGAGAGGAAGUGUGCGGAUGUCCACCCUACCAGUUUGAGCCACGUUAAUAUGUUAGAAACAACUAAUAUUAAGAUGUUUGCUGUCGAUGUUGACAUUACAUGUUCAGUAGGUUAUGCUCAUAAUAGAAUUAUUCCUGCUCAACCCACUUUUCCUCCCAUCCGAAAAAGGCCGAUCAAUUUUAUCAUCACAGGAGGUUAAUUCAAUGCAAUGUGACCAUUUCCCUGCUCUAACAAUCAAUACAAGUGUUUUUGAAUGAAUUUGCUUUGCCCUCACGGAGUGAAAGAACUUCAGACACUAAUGGAAAAUGUUUAACUGAUGGGGUUUUGAAAUGACUAAGCCACAGUACACGAUAUCAAAAAGCCUGUGACUGACUGUAAAUACAUUUUUAACUGUUAUGCUAGGUUGGUUAUAAUCUGUUUAUAACCAGUUUUUAUUAAUGUACAUAGUACUAUAUGUAUACAUGGAGAAAGACAAGGAACUUGCCACUACUACUUGAAACUUCAUUCCAAAAAGGCAGUUUUCUUUGAAUCUUUCUACCCUACAGUGUUUUCUCAACAGACCUGUGAUGUGAAUAUGUAAUUUUAUAUGGAGUUUAAAUAAAAGAGGUCAUC